CAUCAGAAUCCAUUUUGGUGCCACAGGCAAACUGGCUUCUGCUGACAUUGAAACAUAUCUGCUGGAGAAGUCCAGAGUCACUUUCCAGCUCAAGGCGGAAAGGAGCUACCACAUCUUUUAUCAGAUCAUGUCCAACAAGAAGCCAGAGCUAAUUGAGAUGUUGCUGAUCACCACCAACCCCUAUGACUAUCUGUACGUGAGUCAAGGUGAAAUCACAGUUCCCAGCAUUAAUGACCAGGAGGAGCUGAUGGCCACCGAUAGCGCCAUUGACAUCCUGGGUUUCAGUGCUGAUGAGAAAACAGCCAUCUACAAGCUGACAGGGGCUGUCAUGCACUACGGGAACCUGAAGUUCAAGCAGAAGCAGCGUGAGGAGCAGGCAGAGCCUGAUGGCACUGAAGUUGCUGACAAGGCUGCCUACCUGAUGGGGCUGAACUCAGCAGAUCUGCUCAAGGCCCUCUGCUACCCCCGCGUCAAGGUGGGGAAUGAAUACGUGACCAAGGGCCAAACUGUGCAGCAGGUGUACAAUUCAGUGGGUGCCUUGGCUAAGUCUGUGUUUGAGAAGAUGUUCCUGUGGAUGGUUGUCCGCAUCAACCAACAGCUGGACACGAAGCAGCCCAGGCAGUACUUCAUUGGUGUCCUGGACAUUGCUGGCUUUGAGAUCUUUGAUUUCAACAGCCUGGAGCAGCUGUGCAUCAACUUCACCAAUGAGAAACUGCAACAGUUCUUCAACCACCACAUGUUCGUGCUGGAGCAGGAGGAGUACAAGAAGGAGGGGAUUGAAUGGGCGUUCAUUGACUUUGGCAUGGACCUGGCUGCCUGCAUUGAGCUCAUUGAGAAGCCCAUGGGCAUCUUCUCCAUCCUGGAAGAGGAGUGCAUGUUCCCCAAGGCAACUGAUACCUCUUUCAAGAACAAGCUCUAUGACCAGCACCUGGGCAAGUCCAACAACUUCCAAAAGCCCAAGCCUGGCAAAGGCAAGGCUGAAGCCCACUUCUCCCUGGUGCACUACGCUGGCACAGUGGACUACAACAUCACUGGCUGGCUGGAGAAGAACAAGGACCCUCUGAAUGAAACUGUUGUGGGGCUCUAUCAGAAGUCAUCCCUGAAGACCCUGGCCUUACUCUUUGCAAAUGCUGGAGGGGCUGAAGCAGAGAGCAGUGGUGGUGGUGGCAAGAAGGGUGCCAAGAAGAAGGGUUCUUCUUUCCAGACAGUCUCAGCUCUCUUCCGGGAAAAUUUAAACAAGCUGAUGAGCAAUUUGAGAAGCACACAUCCCCAUUUUGUGCGGUGCCUUAUUCCCAAUGAAACAAAAACACCUGGUGCCAUGGAGCACGAGCUGGUGCUGCACCAGCUGCGCUGUAACGGCGUGCUGGAAGGGAUCAGGAUUUGCAGGAAAGGGUUCCCCAGCAGAAUCCUCUAUGCUGACUUCAAACAGAGAUACAAGGUGCUUAAUGCCAGUGCCAUCCCCGAGGGACAGUUCAUUGACAGCAAGAAGGCUUCUGAGAAGCUCCUUGGCUCAAUUGAUGUGGACCACACCCAGUACAAAUUUGGACACACCAAGGUGUUCUUCAAAGCUGGGCUGCUGGGACUCCUGGAGGAGAUGAGGGAUGAGAAGCUGGCACAGCUCAUCACCCGCACCCAGGCCAUGUGUAGGGGUUACCUGAUGAGGGUGGAGUUCAAGAAAAUGAUGGAGAGAAGGGAGUCCAUCUUCUGCAUCCAGUACAACGUUCGUUCAUUCAUGAAUGUCAAACACUGGCCAUGGAUGAAGCUGUUCUUCAAGAUCAAGCCCUUGCUGAAGAGUGCAGAGUCUGAGAAGGAAAUGGCCAACAUGAAGGAAGAGUUUGAGAAAACCAAGGAAGAACUUGCAAAGUCUGAGGCAAAGCGGAAGGAGCUGGAGGAGAAAAUGGUGGCCUUGGUGCAGGAGAAAAAUGACCUGCAGCUCCAAGUGCAGGCAGAAGCUGAUGGUUUGGCCGAUGCUGAGGAAAGGUGCGACCAGCUCAUCAAAACAAAAAUACAGCUGGAAGCCAAAAUUAAGGAGCUGACAGAGAGAGCAGAAGAAGAAGAAGAGAUGAAUGCUGAGCUGACAGCCAAGAAGAGGAAACUGGAGGAUGAAUGGGACCUGGAAGAGGCCACGCUGCAGCACGAAGCCACGGCUGCCGCCCUGCGCAAGAAGCACGCGGACAGCACCGCUGAGCUGGGGGAGCAGAUCGACAACCUGCAACGUGUGAAGCAGAAGCUGGAGAAGGAGAAGAGUGAGCUGAAGAUGGAGAUUGAUGACUUGGCCAGCAACAUGGAGUCUGUCUCCAAAGCCAAGGCAAAUCUAGAGAAGAUGUGUCGUUCCCUUGAAGAUCAACUCAGUGAAAUUAAGACAAAGGAGGAGGAACAGCAGCGCAUAAUUAACGACAUUAGUGCUCAAAGAGCUCGGCUACAAACGGAAGCCGGUGAAUAUUCACGCCAGGUAGAUGAGAAAGAUGCUCUGAUUUCUCAGCUGUCAAGAGGCAAACAGGCUUUCACCCAACAGAUUGAGGAACUCAAAAGGCAUCUAGAGGAAGAGAUAAAGGCCAAGAAUGCCCUGGCCCACGCCCUGCAGUCCGCUCGCCACGACUGUGACUUGCUCCGGGAACAAUAUGAGGAGGAGCAGGAGGCCAAGGGGGAGCUGCAGAGAGCCCUGUCCAAGGCCAACAGCGAGGUGGCUCAGUGGAGAACCAAAUACGAGACAGACGCCAUUCAGCGCACGGAGGAGCUCGAGGAGGCCAAGAAGAAGCUGGCCCAGCGUCUGCAGGAUGCAGAGGAACAUGUUGAGGCUGUCAAUGCCAAAUGUGCCUCCCUGGAAAAGACAAAGCAGAGGCUGCAGAAUGAAGUGGAGGACCUGAUGAUUGAUGUGGAGAGAUCCAAUGCUGCCUGUGCUGCUCUGGAUAAGAAGCAGAAGAACUUUGACAAGAUCCUGGCAGAAUGGAAGCAGAAGUAUGAGGAAACACAGGCUGAGCUGGAGGCCUCGCAGAAGGAGUCGCGCUCUCUGAGCACGGAGCUGUUCAAGAUGAAGAAUGCCUAUGAGGAGUCCUUGGACCACCUGGAAACAAUGAAGCGGGAGAACAAGAACUUGCAGCAGGAGAUUUCCGACCUCACGGAGCAGAUUGCAGAGGGAGGGAAAGCGAUUCAUGAGCUGGAGAAAGUGAAGAAGCAGAUUGAGCAGGAGAAAUCUGAACUGCAAGCCUCCCUGGAGGAAGCUGAGGCCUCCCUGGAACAUGAAGAGGGGAAGAUCCUGCGCCUGCAGCUUGAACUCAACCAAGUGAAGGCUGAGAUUGACAGGAAGGUAGCAGAGAAAGAUGAGGAGAUCGAACAGAUGAAGAGAAAUCACCAGCGAGUUGUGGACUCCAUGCAGAGCACUCUGGAUGCUGAGAUCAGGAGCAGGAAUGAGGCCCUGAGGCUGAAGAAGAAGAUGGAGGGAGACCUAAAUGAAAUAGAAAUCCAGCUGAGCCAUGCAAACCGCCAGGCUGCAGAGGCACAGAAGAACCUCAGAAAUACACAGGGAGUGCUCAAGGACACCCAGAUCCAUCUGGAUGAUGCUCUCAGGUCACAGGAGGACCUGAAGGAGCAGGUGGCCAUGGUGGAGCGCAGAGCAAACCUGCUGCAGGCUGAAGUUGAGGAGCUCCGGGCAGCCCUGGAGCAGACGGAGAGGUCGAGGAAAGUGGCUGAGCAGGAACUAAUGGAUGCCAGCGAGCGUGUGCAACUCCUCCAUAGCCAGAACACCAGCCUGAUCAACACCAAGAAGAAGCUGGAAACGGACAUUGCCCAGAUCCAGGGUGAAAUGGAGGACACCAUCCAGGAAGCCCGCAAUGCUGAGGAGAAGGCCAAGAAGGCCAUCACAGAUGAGGAGCUGUCCAAUGUGAACCUCUCCAAGUUCCGCAAGAUCCAGCACGAGCUGGAGGAAGCCGAGGAGCGGGCUGACAUUGCAGAGUCACAGGUCAACAAGCUCCGAGCCAAGAGCCGGGAAAUCAGCAAGAAGGCAGAAAGUGAAGAGUAAAUGCCUCCAGUGCUGUAAAGUGAGAGAAUUGCACAAAAUGUGACAUUCUAUCACUUUUAUUCUGUAAUCACUGCUUUGUCCUUCAUUAAUCUGUAGAUGAGUAAUGCCUACAUAAUAAAAACUGUAGAGCUUAUGCCAUGUAAAUAAUGAGAA